GGUUAUUAAUAUUCAUAUGAGAAAACAUAAUACAUCAUUUUGAGCUAAUUGCUUAAGCUACAGGAUGUUCAGCGCAAUUAUUACUUUUGGUUUUCUUUGGGCUUUAGCUUUUGGUUAUAAAGAAGAAGAAAUUGCAAAUUUAGCAGCUGUAAACCAAGAUUUAGCAACAGACAUUUACACUGAGUUAACCACAGAUGAUGAGCGGGAUAACUUUGUCUUCAGUCCGUUUUCUGCACAGCUAGUAUUGAGCCUUAUCGCAGAGGGUGCAACGGGUAGCACCCGGGCUGAAAUGGAAGCCUAUCUUCCUCCUUCAACUGUCGUUUUUGGUAACUUCUUAAGCAGACUCCACAAUAUUGAAAACAAAACAGUAUAUAAUAGUGCCAGCAGAAUUUUUACCCGUCGUGACAUAAGAUUAAACAGAGAUUUUGCUAAGAUAGCACGAGAAGUUUACAGAACAACUGUACAAAAAGUAAACUUUUUAGAACCUCGACAAGCUGCGAACAGUAUUAAUAAAUGGGUGGAGUAUCAACUGGUGUCACAAAAGAAGGAUAAAUUAAGACCUGUAGUUGUCGCAGAUUAUAUGAACCCUCAUACGAAUCUCUUGUUUUUAAGUUUAAUUUACCUAAAUGCUUCAUGGGUUACAUCAUUUCAUUCUCGAAAGGACAAAUUUUAUAACGAAGGCAGUAAAGUAGCAAAAACGAUACCAUUUCUAGCUAGAACUGGGGUUUUCAAAUACUACGAUGAUAAAGAAAUUAAGGCAAAAUUUGUGGAAAUACCUUUUACGGAUAUGCAUUUUGCCACAGAAAAAGUAUCUAGAUAUCUCAGCCUUGUUCUUGUUGUCCCUUAUAAAAGAGAUGGACUAAAACAAAUUGCGAUUAAUCCGCAGAAGAUCUUUCAGCCAAAACCUUUUAAAAACGAGACAAUGCGACUACGAUUUCCAAAAUUUACUGUUGGAUCUAUAGUCGAUAUAGGUGAGAUAUUUAAAAGUCUUGGAAUAAAAAAGAUGUUUAAUAGGAGAGAUGCUGAAUUUGCAAACCUAGCCUAUAAUAAAUAUAGAAGAUAUUACUUUACAAAAGUAUUACAAGAAACGUAUAUUGACAUAAAUGAGCGUGGUGUUGAGCUUAAAUCUAGUGACCAAAGUGAAACACCUACACGAUCUUUUCAACCAUCCUUGAACGUGGAACAUCCAUUUAUUUACUAUAUUCAAAGGGAUGGUAUUAUUCUUUUUGCUGGACGUGUAACCAAUCUUCCCAACUAAUAAUGAUAGAUCAGGUCGUCGGUCCGGAAGAAGAAAGACGUAACUGCAAAAAGCCAAAUUUCUCAGGAGAACAAAAAUUUUUUUUUUUAAAUAUUUCAAAUAGGGAUUGAAUGGGAGUAAUUGUCCAGGAGCAUCGAUAUGGCAUUUAUUCUUACCAUUAUGGCUUUUGUUUUUAUCUCUAUUGGUUCGAAUUUCAAUAUCUUAAUUUAAUUCCGUUAUUUUAAAGCCUAUCUACAGUUGCGUCACUAUUCACCUAAAAUUUUUUAAAUAUUUAAAUUAGUGAUUAAUAAAGAUUAACCGUCCAGGAACAUUCGGUACAAUGAUGGCUUUUUGUUUCAUCCCUAUUGGUUCGAAUUUCAUUUUCUUAAUUUAAUCCUCCCAUUUUCAACCCUAUCUACAGUUGCGUCAUUUUUCAUAUUAAAAUUUUUUGUACAAAAAAAAACUGUUUUUAAAUAUGUAUUUAGUAUGCCGUUUCUUCUGACAGCGAUGGCUUUUAUUUUCAAUUUUCAUCCCUAUUGGUCCGACUUUCUUUAUCUUAAUUUAAUCCACCCAUUUUCAACACUAGAAGACUACAGGGGAAAAACGCUGUAAGUCAAUUUUUAUCGAUUUUUUGAUGAAUACAUUUUUCGAUACUUGAAUACACGUAGUACAAUCCACAAAUAUCAAACAAAAUAAAUGUGCAAAAGUCAAACAUUACAAACGAAUAAAAUAAUGCUGUACAAUGGAAGAGCGCUGCAAGUCAAGGUUAAACUAGGCAACAAUGCUGUAAGUCAGAUUUAGGUGCUCAAUGGGCCUGUCCGUAGGGACAAUUUAAAACGGAAAAUCACAGUUACACAGUCAGUGUUCAGCAUUCAUACAAGUUGUUAAUUUUAGUAUCAUUAUUAUCAUAAUCACAGUUUGUUUUUUAACGUUUAGUAAGUUUGAACUAUUCUUUAUCAAUAUGGAAAGUGAGGACAGUGAAAUUGAAGAGGCUUUACAGUCAAAAAUUACAAGAAAACGAUAAAGUUUUGGGCGAAUACGUGAUGUAGCUAAAGCGCUAAAAGUGCAAAUUCAUAUAACAGGCGAGGACUGCCGUUGCAAACGUUAUCAGUGUUUUGAAAAUAUAACGGUUGAACAAAUACAAUAAUUAUUCGUAAUUUUAAUUCUAUGCUAAAUUGGGACGAGCAAAGUGUGUAUUUGGGUGGUCUAAUAUCCAUACUUCCUGUAACUGAAAGAAGGUUAAGAAAAGACAAAGAGAAUGGCAACGUGAGAGAUGGCUCUUUUUAUUACAGAAUUCGCCUUGCGGUAACUAAUGAUGAGGGACAUAUAUCACCUGCAAAAGACGUUCAGGUUUGUCAAAAAGCUUUUGUUGCUCCACGUGUUGCUUGUGUUGCAUAUCCACGAGAAGAUUACAAACUGUACAAAAAGCCCUAAAACAUGGUAAAAUUGCCAAGGGCAAUAGAGGUAAACAUGGCUCAAGACCCAAUAAAAUGUCUGAAGAAACUAUGCAGCUAAUUUUAAAUCACAUAAAAUCAUUCAAAGGGCGCAUGAGUCACUACAGCCUAAAAAACUCUAGCAAGAAGUACCUUCCAAAGGAACUUAACAUUAAAAAUAUGUACAAAAUGUUCGUUUAGAAACAUCUCAAUAUAGCAGUGUGCUAUGAAGUAUAUAGAAAAACAGCGUUUACAGCGAAUUACGUUUUGUUCAGAAAAAUUUUGUUCAAAAAAAAUUUUGUUCAGAAAAAGGAAGAAUGUAUUUUGAUCAGCUCAAACAUGCCAAAAAACAUGACUUAUUUUUUAUCUUAAGAAUUUUACAAUGUUAUUAAUUCAUUUAACAGAUAAUAUUAAUGUUUUUAGCUUUAGUUAAGUUAAACAAGUCUAGUUCUUUUAUUUUUUUCUUUCGGUGAAUUAAUAUUAUAUUUUGUCAAUUACAGCGUUUUUGCUUUUUCCUCCAGACCUUUGGUUGUUUUUUUUUUAAUUUCUCUUGUUACCUACUGUACAUGACAAUUUCAGUUUUAUAAUAUCAUACUCUGUAUAUAUGAGUUGUCAAAUACUCAAUACAGCAGUGUUUUAGCAUGUUUAUUUAUGGAUUAUGAAGUUUUGAAUCUAAAAACCGAGUUUUCCAAAAAUUUAAAAUAUUUACUUACAGCGUUUUUCCCCUGUAGUCUUCAAUUUAUAGUUGCAUCAUUAUCCAUCUGAAACAAGGUCUACAAUGGCGCGUUUUUCAAUAAUGCAACUACCUGUGUUGGCUCAGCACAUAAUAACAGUUCUGUCGCUUUUGUAUCAUCUGUACACAGUAUUUUAGAAGCUAAUUACGAAAUAAACAGGAAUUGACAAAAUUUGAAGUUACGUCAUACUUGUUCCGGACCGGCGAAAUAAUGAUGUAUAGAAGAGAUAUAAUUUUCGUUAUCACUAUAAUAGUACCAAUAUGUAAAAUAUAAAACAAAUAAAUUUUUGUUUGUA